AUGUACGUUAGCUGCGAAAGAUUUCGCAGCAUUGCUGAGGAUAAUGAUGCAACGUCGACGGGCUACUCAGAGGGUAAAAUUCAGGAAAAUAACCGGAUGAACGAGGAUUCAUGCUUCCAAGAGAAUACAAGAGAGGGUGCGACCUACCAGACUCCCAUCGACAGGACCUCUUCAGGUGUCUUGUGCGGUAACCGACGUCAUACCAGUCUGGAUACUAGUCCUGAUGAAGAUUCCACCUCUGUAAACUCCUUCGAUACAGAGCCCACGGAUCUGUCAGAAACCCCAGGCAAACGGGCACGCCUUAUGUCUGGACAUCCAGGCACGGCAGGGGAGAACGGUAAGAGCAGCCUCUUGGGCGAGGAGACACACGAGGAUGAGGAGACAGACAGCAGAAGUUCAUCUGUCGGUGAAAAAUUUGUCGACUAUCCAGCAGCAACAGCGGCAGCAGGUGGUUAUGAGGACGGUGGCGAGUGGAAUGUAGAGGGAAAAGACAGGCAGAGUGACCGUAUGUGUGUCUCCGUGUCCGGACGGAAGACACGCCGUGCCCGAACCGCCUUCACUUACGAACAACUGGUUACUCUGGAGAACAAGUUCAAAAGCACACGCUAUCUGUCCGUUUAUGAGCGCCUCAAUCUGGCCCUUGCACUGAAUCUCACGGAGACACAGGUAAAGAUCUGGUUCCAGAAUCGGCGCACAAAAUGGAAGAAGCAGAACCCUGGUAAAGAUGUAAAUAGUCCUACAGCAGUCAGUCCCCCAAUCCUAUUUCCGCCACCUCCAUCGACCGCAGCAUCAAAAACACAAUUAGACUCGCUGCCGCCCUAUAUGGUGCCCUCGGGGACUCGCGGAAGGCUUCCUGGCAGCCAUGAGAUGAACGCGUUUGCCAACACUAUUAAGCUAGGC